UGUCAAAGCGGAAUCGUAGAUUUGCUCUGUAUAUUACACAGACGCUUCCCUUAUCUUUGCGUUGAUGAGCUACAUUGUUUUCAAAGGCCCCUGAGAUGAAGGAACCUCAACAUGGGCCAAGGUUAUUCACUUACAACCCUUUCAGCGGGUUCGGCCGGGAUUGAUAUCCCCGAGCUGUCCGACUUAACAUAUGAGAAGUCGAUGGGUGGUGGGAGAUUUAUGAAGAGCAUCCGGGCAAGGCAGCAAAAUGGCCUCGUUUUUGUUAAGGUAAUAAUGAAGCCUUUUCCUAGCAUGGAGCUAGAGCCAUAUGUCAAAGCUAUAAUUCGGGAGCGCAAGCUGCUUUCGGAUGUUCCCAAUGCCUUAGGUUAUCAACGAAUCCUUGAAACUAGUACUGGCGGUUACUUAGUCCGUCAAUACAUCCACAGCUCGCUUUAUGACCGGAUGAGUACGCGGCCUUUCCCAGAGGAUAUUGAGAAGAAAUGGAUUGCAUUCCAGCUUUUGUGCGCAUUGCGAGAUUGCCAUGCGCUCGAUGUCUUCCAUGGUGACAUCAAAACGGAGAAUGUCUUGGUCACAUCAUGGAAUUGGCUCUAUUUGUCAGAUUUCUCGUCAUCUUUCAAAUUAACAUUCCUUCCGGAAGACAAUCCUGCAGACUUUCACUUCUACUUCGACACCUCAGGGCGACGAACCUGCUACUUGGCACCUGAAAGAUUUCUAGAAGCUGGUGAGAAACGAGAAUCUGAGCAAGUUAACUGGGCCAUGGAUAUUUUCAGUGCCGGCUGUGUAAUUGCAGAAUUGUUUUUAGAGUCGCCCAUAUUUACCUUGAGCCAAAUGUACAAAUAUCGAAAAGGUGAAUACAGUCCGGAACAUGGCCAGCUGGCCAAGAUCGAGGAUCCGGAAAUUCGAGCAUUGAUUCUUCACAUGAUUCAGAUCGACCCAGAAUCAAGAUAUUCUGCAGAAGAAUACCUGAACUUUUGGAAAAACAAAGCCUUCCCGGAGUACUUUUAUAGUUUCCUCCAUCAAUAUAUGUCUCUCAUGACAGACCCCUCCUCGGGUAGAACACAAGUUGAAGCUGAAUCUGCCAACAGAGGAGAGGCCGAUGACAGAAUAGACAGGGUCUACCUUGACUUCGAUAAGAUUUCUUAUUUCCUCGGUGCAUCAACCAAGAAUUUGAAGGAUGGCUCUAGUCGCACUUCCUUGAGGCUUACUGGCAAUACUUUCCCUGUCCAGCUUGAUUUGCCCCAGUAUGGCCAUCAAGGGUCCAAAUCUCAGUCACAGACAGACGAUGGUGUUCUCAUUUUUUUAACACUCAUUGUAUCUAGUUUACGCAACACAUCGAAAGCGUCUUCCCGAGUCAAAGCCUGCGAUAUCCUUCUUGCCUUUGCUGAGAGAUUGUCCGAUGAGGCAAAAUUGGACCGCAUCCUCCCUUACAUUAUGAUUCUUCUUAAUGAUCGCUCUGACUCUGUGAGGGUUGCUGCCAUACGCUCACUUGCACAACUACUGGAAAUGGUCCAUGUUGUGUCUCCCGUGAAUGCUUAUCUAUUUUCGGAGUAUAUUUUUCCAAGGCUGCAGCCAUUUGUUUCUAGUUCCAAUUCAGACCCAAGCCCGCUGGUACGCGCCGCGUAUGCAUCGUGCAUAGCAUCGCUAGCGCAAUCAUCCCUCAGGUUUUUGGAUAUGAUACAGGCGCUACGCACAGAUACACGCCUGCCAGCUUUGAUACCAGCGGGCUCUGAACUCAGGUGGACCGAAGACGCCACCUAUCACAAUCUUUACGAUGUGGCAAGGGUCGAUCUUCUGGAAUACUUUGAAGCCCACACCAAAGCUCUUUUGACCGACAGCGAUGCGUCAGUUCGACGCGCGUUCCUUGGAUCUGUCUCCAGCCUCUGCGUCUUUUUCGGCAAUCUCAAGACUAAUGAGGUUAUUUUAAGCCAUCUAAAUACGUAUCUGAAUGAUCGUGAUUGGAUACUAAAAUGUGCCUUUUUUGAGGCUGUUGUGGGUGUUGCAGCUUACGUUGGGAGCACAAGCUUGGAACAGUACAUUUUGCCAUUAAUGGUACAGUCGAUGGCUGAUACGGAGGAAUUUGUUGUGGAAAGAGUUCUCCGCUCGCUUGCCGCGAUGGCCGAUCUCGGACUUGUUCAACGAUCGACCACCUGGGAUCUCCUUCACACCACGGUGCGUUUCUUGAUUCAUCCUAACGUGUGGAUCCGCGAAGCAGCUGUGACAUUCGUGGCCAACUCCGCCAAGUUCCUAUCAGUGGCCGAUAAGUAUUCUAUUCUUACACCGCUUAUUCGGCCUUUCCUUAAAGUCAACAUUGUAGGGUUUUCAGAGGGCGAUAUACUCGACGCGCUUAAAAAGCCUAUCCCGAGAAAUGUAUACGAGUUAGCCUUUAUAUGGGCAUCCAAGGUUGAAAAGGGUAUAUUUUGGAGAACAGCAAAUCUAGAGGGAACUUUCAGUCUUGGUGCGAAUGAAGGUAUCAUUCCCAGAAGCCAGAGAAGCUCGAGUUACUCUCUAAGCUCGUACUCUAAGAAUGAGGAAGAUGAGCAGUGGUUGUCUAGGCUAAAAAAUAUGGGGAUGAGUUCUGACGAUGAGCUCAAGUUGGUCGCGCUCAGAGAAUACAUAUGGAGAGUCACUGCGCGUCAGGUAAAAGAGUCUGAAAAUGGGACCUCUGACCUGAACAACGUCAUUGCUUUGACGCAAUAUGGAGUAACUCCUCAGACUGUUUUCUUUGACAAGAAUCAAAAUGUGAAGCCACGCAGAGCUCCAUCGGCCAAGGACCUGCCUGGCAAGGCUGGGGAGCGCAGACCACAUACUAUCACCGAUGCUCUACUCGAUGCUUCAACUACGAUUGAUAGUCGACCUAGCUCUCGUAGAAAGCAUGCACGUUCAAGAAGUCAACUGCAGAGAGACAUAGGGCCUGUCCUGACUACGUCAAAGCAGGAUACCUUGGAUACCCUUCGAGCAGCAGAAAACUCUCCUGUCCCGUCGCCAGUGGCAUCGUCACCAAGCGCCGCGCUAGGAUCAGGGCCCUUAUCACCUCCUAGCUCAGACACCGAACGAAGACUUGCCGAGGGAAGAGAGAGCCCCGGGCACGAAAGUUCAUCGACGCCGACUGACGCCGAGAACCCAGUGGUGAGAAAUCUAGCCACUGGCGUACAAAGGAAGCCCAGUGCGAUAAGCCUACUCAAUCGUAGGGAGUCCGCAAAAGCUUACGCCGAAACCAGUACGAGCUCUGCAAAUGCAUUUGGCAAAGUCGAUGUUCCAUCACAUCGGGGAACGCCGCAGCCAUCUCCAUUGUCCGCUGCCCAUGACGUGAAAACUCUCGAGAAUGGGCCACAACAGUAUCAUGCCAGUCACUCAUACGGAGGACAUAAUCCUGUCAUCCUUAAGUUACUCGAUAAUGUGUUUGCGGAAAACUACCCUACGGACUUCUUUGACCUUGGUCCUUAUGUCAAGGAGAUAGACACCAGGCGAGCAAUCAAGAAAGCCAGCGGUUACGAGACAAACAAGAUAUGGAAACCAACUGGUGGCCUAGUUGUCAUCUUUGGUGAGCAUAGUGGGCCGGUGAAUAGGGUCGUAGUAGCGCCGGAUCACGCGUUUUUUGUCACUGCCUCAGAUGAUGGCACCGUCAAAAUCUGGGAUACAAGCCGUCUUGAAAAGAAUUUGACGCCCAGGUCCCGCCAAACUUACCGCCACUCUACCGAAGCUAAGAUCAAAUCAUUGGCCUUUGUUGAAAAUACACACACUUUCAUCAGCGGUGCGACUGAUGGGAGUAUUCACGCGGUAAGGGUUGACUAUAAUAACAUCAACGAGACUAUUCGAUACGGCAAACUCCAACUCGUACGCGAGUACCAACUACCAGCAGCCGAAGAUGGGACCGUGGAAUACGCAGUCUGGAUGGAACACUUCCGUGUAGAUGCACAGUCUACACUCCUAAUUGCGACGAACACAUGCCGGAUUCUGGCCUUGGACAUGAAAACUAUGCUUCCUGUCUUUUCGCUUCAAAACCCUGUUCACCAUGGGACGCCAACUACAUUCUGUUGCGACCGGAAGCAUAACUGGCUUUUGAUAGGCACAACACAUGGCAUUCUUGACCUUUGGGAUCUUCGCUUUCGAGUGAGGCUGAAGGCAUGGGGCCUUCCUGGAUCCAGCAUCAUUCAUAGACUUCAAGUGCACCCUACUAAGGGACGGGGUCGGUGGGUCUGUGUGUCGAGCAGCGGAAGCCACGGCAACGAGAUUACAGUCUGGGAUAUUGAGAAAGUCCGCUGCCGAGAAGUGUAUCAAACGGACUCACCUGGGGUAGCACCUAACGGCGACGACACCAAAGCAAAACAGACACUCUUAAUCUCUAAGGAGUACGACGCUUGGCACGUUGAUAGUGACCGGCCUGAAGGAAUGUUGAGUCGGUUCGCAACAGAGGGACCUAUGUCAGGAGCUAUCGAGCAAGGUUCAGGGCCGUCUCCUUCCAGCACACCAGCGGGGAUAUGCGCUUUUGCCGUUGGAUUUGACACCCCUGAAGAUAAUCGGGAUAGCAAUACUCGCUGCGGAUUUAUUGUGUCUGGUGGGUGUGACCGCAAAAUUCGUUUUUGGGACUUGGCUCGACCCGAACUAUCCUCGAUCGUUAGCGGACUGGACGUUGUUUCGGAAAACGGAGCAGCCGGAAAGCCGCGUUAUGAAGUGUCUCAGCCGGGCCCAUCCCUCCUGGUGACCUCCGAACACUUUCCUCACUCUAAUGCCACUGCCGCUACUACCAGCUCGGGUGGAAAGAACAACAACAAAAAGGGAACGGCUGGAAGACUACCACGCAGCACAGUGAUUAGCCUGCAGCAACAACAGCUCCUGAAGAGUCACUUGGACUUCAUCCAGGAUGUCGCAGUACUCCGGGUUCCGUAUGGAAUGGUCGUUAGCGUGGAUCGCGCCGGAAUGGUUUAUGUUUACCAAUGAUGGUCAUGUCUCAUCAUAUAUAAUUUAUGACUCAAUGUUAAUAGUGAUAGAAUCACGAAUACCUCAGGUCUUGCAGAC